AUGUUUUCUCUUUUUCUUAUGGAAGAUGUUAUAAAUGUUGAAGCUCAUUUUAAAGAUGAGGAUAUAAAAAAUGUGAUAGAAUACUUACUGAGAGCUAAAUAUAUUGAUAAGGUGUUGAAAAAUGUUGGUUUCUGUGUGGGUCUGUAUGAUAUAUUAGAUGUAAAAAAUAAGGAAAUACUACGAGGAACAGGAGAAAUUAGAUUUAUAGUAAUUUUCCGCUUAGUUUUUUUUUCCCCUUUUGAGAAUGAAAUUAUUGAAGGAUUUGUCAAAAGCUCAGACUCCAACGGAAUAAUAAUAAGUUUGGGGUUUUUUGAAAACAUAAGGGUUAACUGUGCAAAUUUAAGAGAACCGAAAGAUGACAAUGAAAAGAAAGAGUGGUACUGGACAUAUGAAGGUAUAAAAUUUUUUUAUACCAAAAAUGAGUUGAUACGGGUGAGAAUUUUGGACACCUAUUUUAGCGACCCAAAUGACAUGAAUAAAGAUGAAUCAACCCCCUCCAUGUCUAUAACAGGUACUGUUCAACAGGAUGGAUUAGGCUUAGUUAAAUGGUGGAAUUAG